AUGUCGUCUCGCUCUACUGAGAAUAUCACAAGACCCUCAACAUCUGCCAGUGGACGAUCAGAUCAACAACAAGAUCAGAUUGAUCAGCGACUCAAGAGCCUCCGCGACGAGGUUCUUCCUUUCUACCCUUUCUUCCUCACCGUUCCCAUCGAGGUACCUUUCCAACUUGGACACCGCUUUGUCAACAAUUGGGCAGUGAGCGAUGACGGCCCAUUCACUCCAGAGGAACAUCAACUGCAGUAUAUGACGUUCUUGACGCACGACCAAAACGAUUCCUUACUGGUAGCAGUGGGUGAUUGGUCUGACGGUACAGGAAGCGUCAUGGCUGAUCGCGGUUCGCGGCCGCAGAGUGCCACAAGCACGCCAUCCAAUGGUUCGAUCAAGAAGAAAAUCAGCCUACAUGACUAUAAGAACAAGAGAAAGAACGGUGGUACCUCACCUUCUGCCUUGAACCAGGAAGCGUCCGGCCACAAGAGCAGUUCGACCCUCCACGUCCCGCCCCAUGACAGGCACAAUCCUAAACCUCUUCCUACUCCCGAUAACCACCAAAAACUGUCGAAAGCAGCUGCUCAAUCUGACAUUGAACAUGUUGACCGAAAACGUCCCCCCGAGCGUGACAAUCGCCGUCACGUCUCUCAGGGAAAGGAUGCGAAGAAGCGAAAGAUUUCGCCUGAACCUACGCAUACUAGAUUAGAGCGCUCGGACAUUAAUGGGCUUCCCCAACUCCUAUCACCAACUCUCCCCCCGACGUCGAGCACCCCGCGCCUGCCCCGACUCCUAUCUCCCACUUUGCCCCCGGAUCUUGAACGGGAACUGGCGAAGCUCGGCGCCGAGGCCCUGGCCUCCGAUUCACAAGCAGAGUCUACUGUCAAUAGCGACACGGUAAAGCCAAAAGAGACGUCCGCAUCCGGCCCGCUGAAAGGGCCCGGCAAACUGUCUGGAUUGGGGCUAGAGAAAAGCGUAUCAACUGGCCCGGAUACUACCUCACGAUCUGGCACAGCCCUCAAAACCGUUUCUCAGCAGCCCUCCUCACAGACAUCAAAUGCCAAAUCGAGUCAGGCUGCAUCGAAACCGCCUCGCUUAAUCGUCAAGUUGAAGUAUGGAAGGCCAAACAGAAAGCGGGUGGAGGGUCUCCUAAAAUUCGCUGGCAAGAGAAAGAUGUCUCAUCAAAGCUCACCCGCAACCGACGCGGGCGAGCAAGAAGCAUCACACUCUAUCAAAUCCGAGCACCCAAGGCUUCCGGCCCCCGAAAGCCAGUCUAACAAACCUAUUCGGCCGGAUAAACCCGCGAGAAGCAGCAACCAGCCCUCUUUUAAAGACCGGCCAAAAGAGCAUCAACUAGUAGCUGGCUCAGAGAAACCGCAAACCCCUGUUCAGAGCCAUGUGCAACAACAGGAGAGAACCAGACCGGUGUCCAUAACGCCUGCGAAAGACCUGAAGCACUCAUCUUCCCGACAUGACUUGGCCAACAGUGAGGCGAAAUCGCGCGCUGCUGCCAGGAACACUCCUGCGGAGUCUGCUUUCGGCAUCUCCAAACAAUCGCCACACCAGCCCAGUAAUGUGGAUCGAAAUGGCGAGCGUCGAGCUUGGAAGGACGAGUACCAAAAGUUUGGAAAUCUGGGGAGAGAGUUGAAGCAUGCUGCCGAUCGGCAUACGGCCAAAGACAAUGUGACUAGCGCCGAUGAGAAGCUUGCUGCGGCUACAGCAAUAGAGGCCAUUCUCUGCUUUAUCCUCGCCUUUGUUGCAGACGACCAGUCCAAGGCUAUCUCUCGCCAGAUCGGUGAUUCGUCGACUUGGCUUUCCAUCAUCGCUUACUGGCGCGUUGUCAAAAAACACAGCUUUUCCUUCCCGCCACUAUACAGUCUCUCCCUUAUUCUCGGCGCAGUCUCGUACGAUGCCAUUCAUGCUCUCGACCUGGAACGUCUCGCAGUCACACCUCUUCCAGGGGAACACACCCCUGUCCCCACCCCAGGAAGUGACAGGCACUCGGUCAACUCUGACGAGAAGAGGACCUUGAAGGAUUUUCUCGAGUUAAAGACCAGACUGCCCGAAUUCUACAAGGAGUCCCAGAGGCUGUGGCUGGACGGUUCCCGGGGCCUCUCGGAAGACAUCCUUGCGCGUGACUUUCCAGAAACAUGGGCGAAGCGGGCGAGGACCUACUCCGAACAGGGCAAGAAAAAGCUCAAACCAGGUGACUACUCUGGUGAAAUAUACUUGCCACUUGGCAAGACCAGCACACCUCUAGAGAUCAUCCGCUUCAGCUGCGCUCUUCUGAGAGAAUGGUGUUCCCGAGAAAAUAUCGAUUGGCGAAGCAAGCUCGAUCUAUAA